UUAUUUAUCGGGCGAUUGCCUUUCUGUGUGUUUGUGUCUCUCUCUCUCAUUUAUUUUCUGUUUUCUUUAAUAAUAUUAGUUUUUCUUUUCAUCUCUGGUGUUUAUUACAAUCAAUUGGAGAAAACCUUGGCAAAUUCUACACAAAAUAAUCAACUUUGUGACUCUGUUGUUGAUUAAAUUCUUAAUUACCUGUUAUUGUCUAUUUGACUAUUUUUUACCAUUUGUAACCAAUUGACAUCAAGUUCAUCAUUUAAAUUUGUUGCUUCUAUCAAUUGAUGUGUUGUAAUAAUUACAGCAUUUUUUUCUGUGUUACUGGUUUUUUUAAUUUAUCUUCUUCUUCUUCUUCUUCUUAUAUUCAGUUAUUCUAUUAAGAGAGAAAAGGGGGUGAUACUGUUGUUCGUUUUUUUUUAAUUUUCUUUUUUCCAUUGAAAAGAGAAAAGAAUUUCAAGUUCAAAAAUAUUCUUUUUGUAAACAUUUUCAUCAAAUCUUCUUCUUCUUUUACAUACCAUCUCUCCCUGAUGAUUGAUUGAACAAAUGAUUCAAUCAAUGUCCGGACCUAAUCUUUGCUCACAUGAAGUUGAUGCAAUUCCGACACCUGAAGAAUUUGUCAACCGAUUUGAUGGGUUAAAGGUUAUUAACAAAGUUUUAAUCGCCAACAAUGGUAUUGCCGCUGUUAAAUGUAUGCGAUCAAUUCGUCGUUGGUCGUAUGAAAUUUUUCGCAAUGAAAGAGCAAUUCGAUUCAUCGUCAUGGUGACACCAGAAGAUCUUAAAGCCAAUGCUGAAUAUAUUAAAAUGGCUGAUCACUAUGUGCCUGUCCCAGGAGGACCAAACAAUAACAACUAUGCUAACGUUGAUUUGAUUGUUGAUAUCGCUAAACGAACUAAAGCUCAAGGUGUAUGGGCCGGUUGGGGACACGCCAGUGAGAAUCCCAAAUUACCCGAACUAUUGACCAAAGCUGGAAUCGCGUUCAUGGGUCCACCUCAUAACGCUAUGUGGGCCUUAGGAGACAAGAUUGCUUCCUCAAUUGUUGCUCAAACAGCGAAGGUGCCUACUCUUUCCUGGAGUGGAAGUGGCCUUGUAGCUUCUAAUUACGUCGAGGGUAAACCUAUCAAGAUAUCAGCAGAUCUUUAUCGUAAAGGUUGUGUUACGGAUGAAGAUGAAGGUCUUGAGGCAGCUUAUAAAAUAGGUUUUCCGGUUAUGAUAAAGGCAUCUGAAGGAGGUGGAGGUAAAGGUAUUCGUAAAUGCGAAGCAGCCGAUGAAUUCCCGAUUAAAUUUCGUCAAGUACAGAACGAAGUUCCUGGAUCACCUAUUUUCAUCAUGAAAUUAGCAACUUGUGCAAGACAUUUAGAGGUUCAACUCCUUGCCGAUCAAUACGGUAAUGCAAUAUCACUUUUUGGUAGAGAUUGUUCAAUUCAACGUCGACAUCAGAAAAUUAUUGAAGAAGCGCCAUGUGUAAUAGCUAUAGAGGAAACUUUCGCUGAAAUGGAAGAUGCUGCCGUUAGGUUAGCUAAGAUGGUCGGUUAUGAGUCGGCAGGAACAGUUGAAUAUCUUUAUGAUCCAGCAGAGAAAAAGUUUUAUUUUCUUGAACUGAAUCCUCGUCUUCAGGUUGAACAUCCAUGUAGUGAAAUGGUUUCAGAUGUUAACCUACCUGCUUGUCAAUUACAAAUAGCCAUGGGUCUUCCUUUGUACAGAAUUAAAGAUAUACGUUUAUUGUAUGGUGAAUCUCCCCUCAACGAUAAGCCGAUUGACUUUAGGUUUGGACGUGCUUACCCUCGGGGACAUGUUAUUGCAGCUCGAAUAACAUCAGAAAAUCCUGAUGAAGGUUUUAAACCAUCAAGUGGAACCGUUCAGGAGCUCAAUUUUAGGAGUAACAAAAACGUUUGGGGAUAUUUUAGUGUUAGUGCUUCGGGUGGUUUACAUGAAUACGCUGAUUCUCAAUUUGGUCAUUGUUUCUCUUGGGGAGAAGAUCGUGAAGAAGCAAGAGAAAAUCUUGUCAUUGCAUUAAAAGAAUUAUCAAUUCGUGGUGAUUUUCGUACAACCGUUGAAUAUUUAAUUACACUUUUAGAAACUGAAGCUUUCCAAAGAAAUGAAAUUGAUACUGGUUGGUUGGAUAAAUUAAUUUCUGAACGUGUUCAAAGUGAUAAACCUAAAACGACAAUUGCACUUAUCUGUGGUUCCAUUCAUGUUGCUGAUACUAAAUUUUCUGCUAAUUGGCAAAAUUUUGAAUCUUCCCUUCAAAAAGGACAAAUUCCCCAUUCAAAUACCUUGAACAAUUUUGUUAGUGUUGAACUUAUCUAUGAAAAUGUUAAAUAUCUGGUUAAUGUUGCUAAAAGUGGUCCAAACAGUUAUUUUCUGGUUCUCAAUGAUUCAUUUAAAGAAGUUGAGUUUCAUCAAAUGUCCGAUUCCGGUUUAUUACUUUCAGUUGAUGGUUCAUCUCAUGUUACCUACAUGAAGGAAGAAAUUGACCAAUAUCGAGUUAUUGUUGCCAAUCAAACUUGUGUCUUCUCAAAAGAAAAUGAUCCAACCAUUUUACGUUCUCCAUCACCAGGUAAAUUGCAACAAUUUCUGGUUGAAGAUGGUUCACACGUAAGCUCAGGUCAACCGUAUGCAGAAAUUGAGGUCAUGAAAAUGAUUAUGACACUUACAACCCAAGAAAGUGGAAUCAUCCGACAUGCUAAACGAUUUGGUGCCGUAUUGGAAGCCGGUUGUAUACUGGCUCGACUUGAUCUUGAUGAUCCAACAAAAGUACGUCGAGCUGAAUUAUAUACUGAAGGAUGGCCAGAAUUAGCAUUUAGAGAUACUGGUGGUAAAGUAGCUACCGAAGCUGAUUCACAUCACCCACAGAAAUUAAAUGUUAUCUUUUCCUCUGUUAAAUCUCAUCUGGAAAAUUAUUUGGCUGGUUAUGUUUUACCUGAACCCUUUUUCACCAAUAAGAUGCAAGAAAAUGUUACUCUUUUCAUGAAAUGUCUUAAAGAUCCUCAACUACCAUUAUUGGAACUUCAAGAUAUCAUCUCAUCUAAAAGUGGUCGGAUUCCACCAACAGUCGAAAGCUCAAUUAAAAAAUUAAUGCAAAAAUAUGGUAAAAAUAUCACUGCCGUUUUACAAAUAUUUCCCUCCCAAGAAAUUGCCUUAGUUAUUGAUAGUUAUGCAGCUACCUUGGAAAAACGAAGUGACCGUGACGUUUUCUUCCUAAAUACUCAAGGAAUUGUGCAAUUAGUCCAACGUUAUCGUAACGGUAUUCGUGGUCGUCUACGAAGCUGUGUUCAAGAUUUAUUAAAAAAUUAUAUCGACGUUGAGCAACAUUUUCAAGCCGGUGAUUACGAUAAGUGUGUUUCUACCCUACGGGAUAAGUAUGUCGACGAAGGGAUGAGCAAAGCGGUGGCAAACAUUUUCUCCCACUUGAGUGUAGCAAAAAAGAAUCAAUUAAUCAUCAAAUUAAUCGAUCAUCUUGCUAGACAAGAACCAGGAUUAACUGAAGAGCUGAGUAAUAUCCUCAAUGCACUCACAGCUUUAAAUAGAAGUGAAAACGUUAAAGUAGCUUUAAGAGCACGACAGGUUCUUAUUACUGCUCAUCAACCACCUUAUGCUCUUCGAUUUAGUCAAAUGGAGGCGAUGUUUCUCUCGGUUAUCGACAUGUACUCACAUGAAUUUGACGCCAACAAUAUGAACAAAUUAAUUAUUUCGGAAACUUCAAUUUUUGAUGUUCUUCAUCAAUUCUUUUAUCAUUCCAAUAUUGUUGUCAGAAAGGCUUCCCUUGAAGUUUAUGUUCGCCGGGCGUAUAUUUGCUAUGAAAUGGUUGCCUUACAGCAUCUUUUCAUUCGUAACUGUUCAAAGGGUUUAUCUACACAAACCGAAUUAGCUAAUUGUUACACAGAAAAUAAUGAUUCCGUUAUACCAACAGCAGUUUUCCACUUUAUACUUCCUUCAUCACAUCCAUCGAUUUCAUCUCAACCACUUGCAGCUACCGUUGAGGCUUAUUCAAAUUCAUAUGAGGAAUCAUCUAAUGGACAAUUACAUUCCAAUUACAGAAUUGGUGUGAUAGCUGCUUUCAAAAAUCUAGAACACGUUGAGGAACAUUUUGACAGCUUACUCAAUGCUUGUACAGAAUAUGAGAAUGAUUUAUCAGAUGAAUCUUCAUCUCCCACCAAUGAUGUAUCUUCAAGUGAUAUGAAUGGUUUCAAUGGUUCAGAUAAAAUUAAGACUAAUGAUGAUAAUGACGAUGAAUCUAAAGCUGAACCAAUUCACAUUAUCAAUAUUGCCAUCAAACCUGAAGGUGCUGAUGAUGAAAACUUGUCCAAAAAGUGUGAAAGUUUUUGUCAAACUAGAAGUAAACAACUGAUUGAACGAGGAGUCCGUCGAGUUACCUUUAUUGUUUGCAGUCUUUAUUGUUUCCCUCGAUACUUUACCUACAGACAACGCGAUGGUUUCGUUGAAGAUCGUAUUUAUCGUCACCUCGAACCUGCACUUGCCUUCCAAUUAGAAAUUAAUCGAUUAAGGAAUUAUGAUUUAGAAGCGAUUCCAACUGCCAAUCAAAGAAUGCAUUUAUAUCUUGGCAAAGCAAAAUCAAUUCAUACAAAACAAUUAUCAGAUUACAGAUUCUUUAUUCGAACGAUCAUCCGACAUUCAGAUUUAAUCACUAAAGAGGCUAGUUAUGAGUUCUUACAAAACGAAGGGGAAAGAUUUUUACUCGAAGCCUUAGAUGAACUUGAAGUUGCAUUCACUCAUCCUUCUGCCAAGCAAACUGAUUGUAAUCAUAUAUUUUUGAAUUUUGUACCUAAAGUCACAAUGGAUCCAUUGAGAAUCGCCGAGAAUGUUAAAAAUACUGUUAAAAAUUAUGCCUCUCGAUUGAGAAAACUUCGAGUUCUUCAAGCUGAACUACGAAUGAGAAUACGAAUGACCACCAAUGGUAAAUGUACACCUUUCCGAUUAUACGUCUCAUAUGAAUCGGGUUACUCAUUAGCUAUUCAUCUUUACAAGGAGACUCGUGAUCCAACCUCAGGUUUAACUAAAUUUGAGGCUUGGGGUGCACCUUAUUACGAACCAGGACCUUUAAACGAUCACGCAAUUUCAACACCAUAUCGAACGAAAGAUUAUCUCCAAUCGAAACGUUUUCUAGCUCAAAGUAAUGGGACUACUUACAUUUACGAUUUUCCGGUAAUGUUUCAAACUGCCCUCACUCAAAUUUGGAGGGAAUACUUAAAAUCUAAAGAAGAUUAUGAAGUUGAAAUUCCUCGAAAUGUAAUUUCUUAUGUUGAACUAGUUGUCGACUUUGCUACUGAAAAAGUUUCAGAGGUUAAACGUCAACCCGGUGAAAAUGAGUGCGGUAUGGUUGCUUGGCGAUUUACCAUUUAUACACCUGAAUAUCCUGAAGGUCGUGAUAUUAUUGUGAUUGGAAAUGAUAUUACUCAUCAAUUGGGUAUUUUUGGUCCACAAGAAGAUAUUGUUUUCAAUUUGGCCUCAGUUCGAGCUCGUGAAUUGGGUAUACCUCGAAUUUAUAUCUCAGCUAAUAGUGGUGCUAAAAUUGGUCUUGCUGAAGAAGUUAAAUCAAUUUUCCAAAUUUGUUGGAUCGACAAUAAUAUACCAGAUAAAGGUUUUCAUUAUCUCUAUUUAAGUCCAGAAAAUUACAAGAAAGUUGAAAAAUCAGUAAAUGCUGAAUUAAUUGAAGAUGAAGGUGAACAGAGAUACAAAAUUUUGGACAUUGUUGGUAAAGAAUCGGGCCUUGGUGUUGAGAAUUUAAAAUAUGCCGGUUUAAUUGCUGGAGAAACAUCCAGGGCAUAUCAAGAUGUCAUAACAAUUACCAUGGUAACAUGUCGUGCAAUUGGAAUUGGUUCUUAUUUAGCUCGUCUAUCUCAACGUAUUGUUCAGCUUGAAAGCUCACACAUUAUUUUAACUGGACAUGCAUCGUUGAAUAAAGUUCUGGGUACUGAGGUUUAUUCAUCAAACAAUCAAUUAGGAGGAACACAAAUUAUGUUUGCCAAUGGAGUUAGUCAUGCCAAAGCAAAAGAUGAUUUAGAAGCGAUUCUUGUGAUACUUGAUUGGCUUUCUUAUGCUCCUAAAAGACGAGAGAAACCACCACAACUACCAAUUCUGUUUAAAGCAAAACCCUCACCAUUACCAAUAAUGGAACCAAUUGAUAUAAUUGAUCGGGAUGUUGUCUACUGUCCGACAAGUUCACCAUAUGAUCCAAGAUGGAUUCUCAAUGGACGCGAAUCUCAGCAAGGUGUUUGGGAAGAGGGUUUCUUUGAUAAAGGUACAUUCCAUGAAAUAAUGGCCGGAUGGGCUAAAACUGUUGUCUGUGGACGUGCUCGCCUUGGGGGUAUACCUCUUGGUGUUGUCUCUGUUGAAACCAGGAAAACGGAAGUUAUCAUUCCAGCUGAUCCAGCAAAUCCAACAUCCGAAACUAAAGUGCUCUCCCAAGCGGGUCAAGUCUGGUUUCCCGAUAGUGCAUUUAAAACUGCUCAAUGUAUCAAUGAUUUUAAUCGUGAAGGUUUACCUUUAAUGAUUUUUGCCAAUUGGAGAGGUUUCUCAGGUGGAAUGAAAGAUAUGUACGAUCAGAUUCUAAAAUUUGGUGCUCAAAUUGUCGAUGCUCUUGUAGCCUACACUCAGCCGAUUAUUGUUUAUAUUCCUCCAUACGCCGAACUACGUGGUGGUGCUUGGGCUGUUGUUGAUACAACAAUUAACGCACGUCACAUGGAAAUGUAUGCUGAUCCUGAUAGUAGGGGUGGUGUUAUUGAACCAGAAGGUUCAGUUGAGAUUAGGUUUAGGAUUAAGGAUCAGAUCAAAGCGAUGCACAGAAAUGACAUUAUCUGCAAAAAGAUGAUCGCUGAAAUUAAUAAAGCAACUGAUGCUUCGGUGAAGAAAAAACUUGAAAGACAAUUAAAUGACCGUGAACAGCAAAUCAAGGGUGCUUAUCAUAUUGUUGCAACAUAUUUUGCUGAUUUACAUGAUAAACCAUAUAACAUGUUGAUGAGAAAAGCAAUCAGAGGAAUCAUCCCAUGGCAUAGAGCACGUUAUUACUUCUAUUGGAGAUUAAGACGUCUUUCUGUUGAAGAAAUUUUAAAAUGUGAAUUGGAAUCAAUUGAUGUAACCAUGACCAUCGAGCAGAUUACUGAAUUAAUGGAGCAAUGGUUCUAUGCUGAUCAAAAGAAUACAAAAACUCAACUUUGGAAUGAUGAUAAAUUUGUAGCUGAAUGGCUGCAAAUGCAAAUCGAUGAUCCAUCUUCCCUUGUCAACGAGAAACUCAAAGAGCUACGUCUCAAUCAAUUUUCCCUUGUAAUUGAAAGUGUUUGCGAAAAAUUUUUACCCAAAGGUUUAAAUUUCGAUGAUACUAAAAAAGUUGCUAAUUGUUUGAAAACGUUAACGGAUCAAUUUAGCUCAAAAGCCGGUCUUAAUUGCAAUAAUAUCAACAAUCAACUUGUUGAAGGGGAUAAUAGCACAAUUAAAACUGAUUCACCUAAAAAUGAAUCAACAAGCAAUGGUGUUGGUGGGGAUGACUCGUCAAAGUAACAAUUAACUCUAUUGUUAUCACAAUUAUUUUUUAGCUCAAUCUUUUUUUUGUUUCUUUAUAUUAAUUAUUAUUAAUAUUAUUAUCAUAGUAAAUAUUAUUAUUAUUAUUAUUAUUAUUACAAUUAAGAGUUAUAAUGUAAAAUAGUAAUAACAACAACAACAAUCAGCUGAUGAUUAUCAUUACAACUUAAAUAUAAGGAAACUAAAUGAAAACAAAACGGGAAACAAUAUUAUCAGCAAUUAAUAAUUGGUAUUUGCUGUAUAUGAUAUAUUGAUCAUUUUACUCAAUCAAUGGUUAAUCAUUUUUAUAUACAUUUGUGGGAAAAAGAUUAACAUUUAAUUGUUAAUCUCUAAUCUAAUUUAAUAGCAACCAUUUUCCAAGGCAAAUCAAUCUACACACAAUUAGUACAAUUUAUUUUUCCAUUCAAAUUUAUAACUGUCUGUUUUUUGUUACAAUUACAUUAUCAUUUGGAAUAUAUUUAAGUGCCUUAACAACAAUUAAAAGUUAACCAUGACUUUGAUUACAUGGUGAAAACAUGGAAACAGUUGAUUAAAAAUAAACUAAAUUAAAUUAAAAGUUAA